UGUGCAACUUGGUAAAUUCCGAUAUCGAUAUCGAUAUCAAGAGUUAAGGAAUUACAAUAAAAAAAGCGCCAACAAUGAAUGAAUCCAAAGUGCGAGAAAAUUCCAAUGAGCAAAUAAUCAGUGAAGCUGCUUUGCAACAGCAAAAACAAAAGCAUAUGAAACUUUUACACGAAUAUAACAAUCUCAAAGAUGCCACCCAAACUGUGCUAGGCGCCUUGGCGCAGGCAAAAGGAUUACCGAUAAGGGAUAUGCAUAAGAUUUACAGCCUACCAAACGGUGAAUGACAAGAACUUGGAUUGCGGGAAGUGAAAUGAUACGUUAUUGUUUUAUGUAUUUAUUGGCAAAAUAAAGUUCCAAAUGCUUGUAAA